CCAUCCCGUGGACUGCACACAAAGCGCCAUGGCUUGUUCCACACAGAAAUGGCAAUAUACCACCCAGAGCUUCCUGGAUUGUUCCAAGUGUGCGUUUGACCCCCUUUCCUUUUUCAAUUCAACAGUCAGUCACAGGCAAAGCGCACACGUGCAAGUACAAACCACUCGCUCCUACAUCAGUUUGCUGCUCCGUGGAUCGAUCCUCCGCCCAUCCAUAUAAAGUCAGCUCACCUCAGGAGCUGCUUCAAUAUUCACUGCUCAUUGCUCUCUCGCUUUCUCUUGAUCCCCUUCAACUUGCUUCCACUUGUUGUGCUCUGCGGACUGCAGUUGUUCAGGGCUGCAAGGAAACUAGUUACACAAACGCGUACGCUUUGGGCAUGGCCGUGGAGCCGGUCCUCGAAGCGGCCGCGCCCGUGCUGCCGUCGCCGUCGCCCGCCACAUCGGCAUCGGCAUCGGCGCCGGCGUCGAAGCUGGAACAGAGGGGAUCGAAGCGGAAGCGGUCGAGGCAGAUGGCGCCAAGCGAGGAGGAGCAGCUGGCGCUGUGGCUCCUCAUGCUGGCGCGCGGUGACCGCGAGCAGGAGCGGCUGCACGGGUGCUCCGUCUGCGGCAAGGCGUUCGCGUCCUACCAGGCCCUCGGCGGCCACAAGGCAAGCCACCGCAAACCACCUUCCCUUCCGGCUCCGGCGGCGGGCGCUGACGAGCAGCAGCCACAGGCGACGGCGGCCUCGUCGGGAUCGGCGUCCGGCGGCAGCGGCGGCAGGGCGCACGUGUGCAACGUGUGUGGGAAGGCUUUCGCGACGGGGCAGGCGCUUGGCGGACACAAGAGGAGGCACUACGACGGCACCAUCGGCAGCGCUGCCGCCAAGGGCACUGCCAAGGCCGCGGCGAACCGGCCGGGGUUCGACCUCAACCUGCCGGCGCUGCCGGAGGUGGUCGUCGAGGCGGAUCGUCAGGACGAGGUCUCGUCCUCCUUGGAGAAGAAGCCCAGGCUCAUCAUCACCGCGUGAACACAAUUGACAUGGGAAUUGAUUGAUUAGUUGACUCAUGUGCAUACUUGUUUGGUCAAAAUUAGGGGUUCAAACGGGAUCCGGGAAAGGCCUAGCUAGCUACUCCUUCAAUUCUCACAUCUCCUGUUCAAAUCGCAAGAUUUGAAUAGGAGAUGUGAGAAUUGAAGAAGUGGAUUCUUCGCGGGAUCCCGUUUGCAUACCUAGUAAAAGUUCAUUCAGUAGAAGAUAGAUGUUCUUGAUUAAUUUAGUUCUUGUGCAUAGAUAGGCAGAUAAGCUUGUUGGUGAUGACCCAUUCAUUGAUUAGUUUGUGUGUAAUAAGUUCAUUCAUUAGUUCAUUGCAGCCUUCUAGGUUCAGCAGUUAGCUCUACAUCUAGAUUAGGGAGCUUAGCUCAGAUACAAGUAUAGAUAUACUGAUCGAAUUGGGUUGAGUUCUGUUUACCCAUGCCAUGGAUGAUAGAUAGAUGUGUAUACAUGUAUCAUAAUUCAUAAAAUUUGAUCGAGUGAGAUGCUGUCGUUGCUUGA